UUCGCGAAUCUCGUGGGAAGUCAAACCUCUCCUGCAUCGGGGAAGUUUACUCCCGAGAAAAUUCACUCGUGUGGAUGUCACGAGUUGCGUGUAUUGGAUCAGGAAUAAGCCCCUCCGAGUUUAAUUAGGAUUUCCUUUCGGGGAAGUGCGCGCUGUCCUUUAAGACUUUAUACUUAUACUGAGCCUGACUAGGUGGCUCAGUGGCUAAGACACUGAGCUUGUCGAUCGGUUGGCAUUUCGGCGGUUGGAAUCCGUAGUAGAGGUCUCCUGCGUGAGUAGGGGUUGGACUAGAUGACCUCCAAAGGUCCCUUCCAACUCUGUUACUGUUUACAUACUCCAUCCGUGGGAACGGGGGUAGCGAGGUAAGGCUGCAGUUCUGCGCGCACUUCCCCGGAAACACCGGGCUUGGGAGUUUACUUAGGAAAAUCCCGCCUCAGGUUAUCUCGCAACUUUGCAUGCCGAGAACCUGUCUCGUCCCGUGCACAGUUUACGCUUCUUUUUCUGUGCCUACGGAUCCGCACUCGGACUCGACGCAGAAGCGAUGAGCGGUGGGACUCUUUAAAAAAAAUGUAUUGCAUUUUAUCAGAAUAAAGUCGGGUGACGUUUCCGUAAGGUCAAUAUUCUCGGGUUUGGAUAAGUAGUCGCGAAAUGCAGGGAUGGGUCGCCUUUCCUCCACCCAAAUUUCCUUGGGUCGGGCUGAUUUUAAGGCGCGCGCUCCCCCCCCCAAUUUUUUAAAAAGUGCUUUCUAUUCAUGUUCGAGCUGUGUAAAAUAUGGAUCGUAAGAAAGCUAAAUAGAUCUUGCAGGACAAAGUUGGCAUUAGCCGAACCGGACCCAAUGCAUGCUUGUUCAGUACAGGGGGGAGUUUGUCUUGCAUAUGACUGAACCCAGGAGUAAAAAAUAAAUAAAUUCGCAUGUUUGCAGCCGACUCCUAUUCUCCAUCUUGGAACAUUGGCUUUCGUACUAGCUACAUUUUUUCUCACCCUCGCUAUUAAUCCAGUUAUUUUCCCCCUCCCCCCUUCCUCAAUAAGAUUUCGGAUCUGGAAUUCUUUCAUAAGCGGCCACCUGAUUUAAUAAACAUGCUUCCUUAAUGAUGGGCUUAAAAUAGUAAUGUAACUUGGAGAAAAAAGUAAUUUAGAAAGUUCAGGAUUAAACUUGGAUGCUUUCAGUGAGUAUUUUUAUUUUAUAGUGAAGUUAAUUUAUAUCCUCGGUGAUCAUAAAUUUUAGCCGAGGCUAACGUGCCUCUGGCUAGAGAAUAGGGCAAUAAUGAACGUGGAGACACUCGUUCCUAUGAAAAACCUGCUGGUGAUCAAAUCUUUACUUUUGCUAUCUUGAUAAGGAGAAUUGAACUUUCUGCUAGAGCCUAAUUGAUGCGUUCAUUUCUAAAGUUAAUCUGCUUGGAUUAAAAAAAAUCAGUUUCUGUUUGAAACAUUAGCUGGAAGUGGGUUAAUUGGAUGAAUGCAGUUUGUGGCUAGCUCUCCGUUAUUCUUUCACUCUUGUCCAUUAGCUAAGAUCUGCUUCACUUCACUUUGCUUCUUGCUAGACUAGGAAAGAACAGGCCUUGCUCCAGCUUCUUCUCUCCAUCCCUAAUUUAAAUAGUUAAAUUCAGUUCUGUAUGUUGAAGGAGAGAGUUCCAGGAAUGUAAGGAAGCAAAAUAAGCUGGUGUUGAGUUACGGAGGGAAAAAAUGGUAAACUGAGUGGGUACCAAAAGGCUAAUUCGCAAGCAAAGUUAUGCCCAUUGAAGAAAAAGUGUGAAGUUAUCCUUGUUUGAACUUUGGAUGUGGGAGUGCCUGAAGUUACAUUUUAGAUGCUGAAAUCACUGCACCUUAAAAACAAAAAAAGAUUGAAUUGAAUUGCAUUCCUAUUCACACGAUGGCUUCAGGAGUACCCCCUAGCCUGGAAUGGAAACAGCUUAGAAGCAUCUUCUGAGACAGUUCUAUGAGCCUGAAGAAAGAGGCAACUGCUAAAACAUUUGGAAAACAGGGUUCCCCCCUCCCGGCACUCCCUGUGGAUCCUUGUGAACUCCAAAAGCUCAGGCAGGCAUCACAGCCAAGCCUUGUCACUCUCCGGAGGCAGAAAGGUUCCUUCGUCAUCACUUGGAACAGGAACUACAAUCAUUGUGUUGCAGAAAACAGCAAACGUUACUGAGAUACGUAGAAGCAAAUACGAAGAGCUUUAUCUGCUGUAAGGUGAACAAGCAUUGUCACACAGCUUUGUUGAGGUCCAUGUUGGCCAGGCUAAUAACAACCAGAGCAGAAUUUGCAGUCAUUCAUCCUGAGCUCUUGUUCUGAUUAUAGGGCCCACACUUGUUCUUCAAAUUGCAGGCACAACUUUUCCCCUUUCCCUGCCUCAAUGAAUGUCUGCACUAAGUCCAAAGCUUGGAGUGAUUUACCUGAAGAGUGAUAUUCAGAAACCACUAAAGAAACCCAAGACAACUGAAAUACCGAAGUCUGAGGAGAAUGAGAUUACGCAGACGGGUGCCUUCGUUGCCAAGUCAGGCCUUCCAUGCCUGAACUUUGAAGCUAUCUCAUCUCUGAGCCCAGAUCUCAUCCAUUCAUCCCAUUCACUAAGAAACCUGCACGUAUACACAGGGUCACCUGAUUGUAACAACAGUUGCAAGGGGAUGACAGAGCGCAUUCACAGCAUCAACCUCCACAACUUCAGCAAUUCUGUGCUCGAGACCCUCAACGAGCAACGCAACCGUGGCCACUUCUGUGAUGUGACAGUCCGCAUUCACGGGAGCAUGCUGCGUGCCCACCGUUGUGUGUUGGCGGCUGGCAGCCCCUUCUUCCAAGAUAAGCUAUUACUGGGCUACAGUGACAUUGAAAUUCCUUCUGUGGUGUCAGUCCAGUCAGUGCAAAAGCUCAUUGACUUCAUGUACAGUGGAGUAUUGCGGGUCUCACAAUCAGAGGCCUUGCAAAUCCUCACAGCAGCCAGCAUCCUGCAGAUUAAAACUGUGAUUGAUGAAUGCACACGGAUUGUCUCACAGAAUGUGGGUGACAUCUACCCUUUGAUUCAGGAUUCUGCACAAGAGACACCCCGAGGAACUCCCGAAUCAGCCACUUCAGGACAGAGCAGUGAUACAGAGUCUGGUUAUCUGCAAAGUCACUCACAGCACAGCGUAGACCGGAUCUAUUCAGCUUUGUAUGCAUGUUCUAUGCAGAAUGGCAGUGGUGAGCGUUCAUUCUACAGUGGAGCAGUGGUCAGCCAUCAUGAAACGGCACUAGGCCUUUCUAGAGACCAUCAUAUGGAAGAUCCAAGCUGGAUUACAAGGAUCCAUGAGCGUUCACAGCAGGUGGAGCGGUAUCUUUCCACCACUCCAGAAACCACACACUGCAGGAAGCAACCACGUCCUGUUCGGAUCCAAACUUUAGUGGGCAAUAUUCACAUCAAGCAAGAGAUGGAGGAUGAUUAUGACUACUAUGGACAGCAGAGAGUACAAAUCCUAGAGCAUAAUGAGUCUGGAGAAUGCACUGAGGAUACUGAUCAAGCAGAAGGUGCUGAAAGUGAGCCCAAGGGAGAAAGCUUUGAUUCUGGAGUCAGUUCCUCCAUUGGCACUGAACCUGACUCUGUAGAGCAGCAAUUUAUGACUGGCCUAGGUCGAGAAGUUCAACAAGAGCCUACACAACCAGAACAAAAUGAUGUUUCUGCUGAAAGCAUUCAGCAGCAGCACACAGAUACUAACUCUUCUUCACCAGAAAGAGGAAACGAUGUUGAAAGGGACAGCGCACUAAUAACUGUUUGUAACAGUACUGAAAAGGGGACUUUACAGCCUAUCACUACAACUGUUUCCCAAUCAUUGCCAAGUACACAGCUCUACUUACGCCAGACAGAAACCCUCACCAGCAACCUGAGGAUGCCAUUGACCCUGACCAGCAACACACAGGUCAUCGGCACAGCUGGCAACACCUAUUUGCCUGCACUCUUUACUACACAGUCUGCUGGCAGUGGUCCUAAACCUUUCCUUUUCAGCCUUCCCCAGCCUCUAGGCCAACAGGCACAAUUUGUGACAGUGUCCCAGCCUGGGAUUUCAACUUUUACUGCCCAACUGCCAGCCCCACAACCUCUGGCUCCUUCUUCAGGCCACAGCACAGCAGGUGGGCAGGGUGAAAAAAAGCCUUAUGAGUGUACCCUCUGCAACAAGACUUUCACAGCCAAACAGAAUUAUGUCAAGCACAUGUUUGUACAUACAGGUGAGAAGCCCCACCAAUGCAGCAUUUGUUGGCGAUCCUUCUCCCUAAAAGAUUACCUAAUCAAACACAUGGUGACUCACACUGGUGUCAGAGCCUACCAAUGCAGUAUCUGUAAUAAGCGUUUUACGCAGAAGAGUUCCCUAAAUGUGCAUAUGCGGCUCCACCGUGGGGAGAAAUCUUAUGAAUGCUACAUUUGCAAGAAAAAGUUUUCACACAAGACCCUGCUUGAAAGACACGUGGCUCUACAUAGUGCCACAAAUGGAACAUCUAACACAACAAGCACUGGGGCAAGGGCACUUCCAGCUGGAGUGAUGGCCUGCACGGAGGGAACGACCUAUGUUUGCUCUGUCUGCCCAGCUAAGUUUGACCAAAUUGAGCACUUCAACGACCACAUGAGGCUGCACGUUUCAGAUGGGUAAAUAAUAUCUAUUCUGUUAUGAACAACAACAAAGCCCAAAUAGAGAAACAACGAAAAGCUAUGGCACUAGAUUUUUUUUUCAUUUUUCAUUUUUAGUUUGUUUAUUUUCAUUUUUGUACUACAUGAUGAACUGUUUUUUGCCUGCUGGUACAUUACAUUUCUGGAAGCUGGAUGAAUAGUAAUUAUCUCAGCCUUCCUUUGAUGGUGGCCUUAAGGCCAGAUAGUGUUUCAGGAGAUCUACUGGUUGGAUCUCUAGCUACUGGCCUCUAAAUACAACCCUUCUUUACUACAAAAAAAAAAAAAAAAAAAAAA